CGACAGCCCCUCGGCUCCUCUCUCUCUCCCUGCAGCGUGACUGAGUGCCGCGGCCGUGAAUAAGCCCUUUCGGAUCGGAGCUUCGCGCUGUGCUUUAGCGCUUACAAACCCAAUUUAUCGCAGCCAGUGGAACACGUGCGCACACGUUUAGGGUUUAUGUGUCGCGUUUGGUCCGUUUAAGCACUGAUUGCUUUUACUUGAAGUUGGAGAGUCGAGGCCCGGAGGAGGAGCGGGAGAGAGACUUAGAGAAAAGGAGAGGAGAGAGAGAGCUCGGAAAAAGUUUUUGUUGUUGUCAUGUGACGAGCUACGUAUACAGCGAUAAAGUGCGGCUUUCUAUCGGUGUAUUCACUUCAUUUAUUUGAUUUAAGAGUCUGAUAAUUCCUUUCCAAUAUGCCUCAGCCCAAAUACAGGAAGAUAGCCGUGUUGGGGUACCGCUCAGUGGGAAAAUCAUCUCUCACCAUUCAGUUUGUGGAAGGACAGUUUGUAGAUUCCUACGACCCUACAAUUGAAAACACUUUUAAUAAAAUGGUGUCUGUGAAUGGACAGGACUUUAAUCUUCAACUGGUCGACACUGCUGGACAGGAUGAGUAUUCCAUUUUCCCACAGUCUCAUUCAAUGGACAUUCACGGUUAUGUUCUUGUGUACUCUGUCACCUCUAUGAAAAGCUUUGAAGUGGUUCAGGUACUUCAUGACAAGCUGCUGGACAUGGUCGGAAAGAUACAGGUUCCUACUGUUCUGGUGGGAAACAAAAAAGACCUUCACAUGGAAAGGGUUAUUAAACCAGAGGAGGGCAAAAAGUUAGCUGACUCGUGGGGAGCUGCUUUUAUGGAAUCAUCUGCUAAAGAAAACCAGACAGCUGUAGAGGUUUUUAAGCGGAUUAUUCUGGAAAUGGAGAAAGCAGAUGGAAAUGCCCCAUCAGAGGAGAAGAAAUGUUCCGUGAUGUAGGUGCUGGUUCCUCUCACGGAUAUGCAGUGAGCUCCCUGGCUGAAAUUGGGGGAAACAUUACCAGUCAACAUGACCUGCAGUAUGGUGGGACUACGGUUCUCCCAAUACCAUCCUUCCUCACAGCAGAUGGGAACAUUCUUGCAAGAAAACGAGAAAAACACAACGAGUGGUGAGCUGUCCCAAAAAAGAAAAAGAAAAUCCCCAAAAGAAAACGUCCUGUAGCCUUAACAACAGCACAGGCUGGUUUCAAUUUGUGUUUAAAAGUGAUCUUAAAGCACAAUACUGCCAAGCAUAAAUUAUAAAUGCCACCAAUGUUUUAAUGAAGCAAGCGCCUCUUAAUUAUUUUUUUAUUUUUGAAACUUAUAUUUUUACUGUUACGAUAAGCCUUGUGGAGCUGUCAGACACCAUCAGCUUGUCAGCUCCUCUUGGCUACUCUGCCUUUAAGCCUGUUCAUGAAUUAAGGUGCCGAAUUCUGUGCCUGGUCCAUGUUCCACUGAUAUUUUUUUUUUUCUUCAAAAUUUCUGCAUGAUUAAAUGGUUAAUAUGUAAACAGAGUGAUUUGAUAUGAAACUCUGCAUAAAAUACUUUAAUUCAAACCCACCUCUUAACCUAUAUGUGUCUUCUGAGUGAUACGGUAUGCUGAUGAUGGCAAAUGGUGGAAUAUAAUACUCUUUAUAUUGAAGACAUUUUGCCUCUUGUCACCCUGUGCAUGAAUCUGUACACCAAAUUGAAGACUAUCAGUAUUGUACACAAUGGUGGUGAAUGGAAUUGGGCAUCUGAGGAGUUCUCAUCUCUUGAAGCUCCCUCACAUUUUCGUUUUUAUUUUUUUUUUUCAGAGUUGCAGUGGGUGUGUUAAAGCAGAGAAACAAUUUAAAUGAACAAUGCUCACAUUCAGUGUUUUGACUGCAGUGUUUUAAAGGGCAUGGGAGCAAAAUGGUCAGCUUGGAUUUUUAAAUCUUCUAAACUAAAUAAAUCAGUCCAGAAUGUCUCAUUAUAUAAACUCAUUCUUAAAACGUAUAGCCAUUACUUACUCUGUAUUAUUUAGCAACAAAUUUUACCUAAUCUGUGAGAUCUAUGAGUCAGUUGAUAAUCAUCAGUAUUGGAUUGAGCAGUACAAACCUAAAUUGGGAUGUCCCUAAUCAUUUUACACCUGACCCACUUUGAAAAACUGUUUAAUCUAAACCAUUGUAGAAAUCUGCCAUAAAAAAUUAAAUGACAUACUCUGAACCUGAAGACAAAUUUAGCCAACUAUCUAUACCAUCAUAUACAGGUGUGUCUGUGUGCAAAGAAUCAUUUUAUUUGAAAACAUUGACUGUUUCUCAGAGAGCUGGCCAAAGACUAGAAAACAAGCUAGUGGUCAGUUGCCAGUAAUGUGCAUUUUGAAUAGGGAAGUACCCAGUAAGCCUGACUACAGGUAUCACAAUAUUCUAAGUCUGGUGUACUGGCUUUCACUUCCUGAUGCCAAACCACUGUUGUUUCAUAACUGGCUUGUAUCUGUCGAAUGUUGGUGAGGAAUUGCACAUUGUACUUCAUGUGGAGUUUUCCUAUAUUUACGUUGAGAUGGCAGUGCAUUUUCUUUUUUACAGUAAUAUACGGUUGAUAUAAUUAAAAAAUUAUCAAGCAGGGAAUAUGUUGAGGGUUCUGCUUCAGGUCCUGUUCUCUAGGUGAAUAAUAGUAUUACAUCACAUUUCUGCUUUGCAUGACUGGGUUGCAAUAAAUCCAAUGCUAUGUGGGUGUUAUGCAAAUCAGAGCCCCUUCAACGUGUCCAGCCAAUCCGUAAAGAGUAAACUGCUUCAUCCACACAUACCAGUGCCGCACACAAAACAUGCACAUUUCAAACUAUAAAGAGAAGCUGAAAACGGCAGAAUCUGGAUUUCCAGGACUAUUGGAGGAGGGUCUGGCUGCAGAACACCAGUGUGAGGCUCGCAACAACCCUAUUGAAACUAUAGAUUAGAGUUAGGGGUGAUUUAAAAAUAUAAGAAUCUUAAAAUUAUGACUGCCUACUUCAAGACUGUUUUAGUCACUUCAUUUAAAUGAAUAAAUAUCACAGAUGCCCACACGGUGGAGACAUCCUGCAUGUUGGAAUGUGUUGAAGAAAAAUGCUAGCAGACGCAUACCAUUUACUUCCACCUGUUUCAUUUACCAUUUUAAGAAAGAACUUUCUUCUUUCUUUCUUCUGCUUGCUCAGAAUUAUCAGUGCUGUCCUGUGGGUUAUUCUGUUUAUCAUUACAGAAAUGUUUCUUUAGAUGAGCCUUGAAUUGGUGGAACAAAAGAAUAACCAAACAUAGAUGUUAAAUUGAGCAGCAGAACUUCACUGCCAAAAACCUUCUGCCCCUUUCUUUACUACUCUACAGUGCUGUUUAUAAACCAUGCUGAAAAUACACUGUUUAAAACCACAACACUCUGCUAUAUUCACUCUUAAAAAAUAGAGACAGGUAGGAUCUUAUAUGGGAUUACUUGAGGAACGCUUUGUAGCACCUUAAUGUUUUCAAGUGCUAUUUAGAACAGUAGCAUUUAAUGUGCUUUAAUUAGGUUACACUUCUAAAAAUAAAAUAAUAAAGGGGCUAUAAAUUGGUUGACUAUUUCCUCAUUUGCUCAUACAUUAUGCUAUUGUUCGAAGAUUUUGAUUUCAUGCAGAAUGUAAUUUCUUAAUUGUGCAGUCAGGUCUGAAAAAGGCCUCCUGAAGUAAGUAACAGAUUUAACUGUUUUGUACAGAUUUGUCCAAAUCACUCUGAGAUGGGCUUGAUCUUCCCAUCAGGGGCUUUUGCACAAAGCCAUGGAUGCCAUGCAGCUGGACUCCCAAAUAAUGCAGAAGGGACAUGCCACCAAAUAGCAAAAAAACUUAACGUGUAUUUACAUGUACUCAAACCUUUUGGAUCCCACUUUACUUUACCACAAUAGGAAACAGUGUCCAGGAUGCAUUAAAUAAGACAAUUGAAACAGGGCCUUAUUUACUUAGUGAAGCCAUGAUUGGUUUGGUUUGGCUUCUUUUCAUUGGUUUAUUGGAAUAGUUUGUGGCUAUACGUUGAAUUUAUAUUAUCUCUGAACUUUUUUCUUUUUUCCUCUUUUUCUUUUUUUUUUAAAGGGGUUAGGGGGUCACAUUUUUUGUUAAAUUACAUGUCCUGAGUAAUACAUAUAGUUGAAUGAUUGAUAAAUUGAUUAAGGGUAAUAUAACACAUGCUGAUGAUGCAUUGCCACACGCCUUAACCUUCACUCAUCUCUGACCCUGUCUAAGCUGUGUUUUUGUGAACAGCACUGAGAAGAGACUUCAGAGUGUUUUAUUUUCUAAAAUCCAAACUCCAAACCAGCUUGGGCAUUAUAUUAUAUGUGUUCUUGCAGUAAGCUACACUGAGCAGCACUGAAGCACGCUUAGUGAAACACAAGGUUGGACAGCGUGAAAGUUUCAGGUUGAAAUUGAUCAUGAUGUUCUUUUUUUAGAGAUGCUCUGAUAUGGAUCUGCUGACUGACAUAAAUUUGGAGAAUAGGAACAAAUAUCAACAUUUAGAAUAUGCAAACUGAUGUUUCUUUUUACAUUUAGGUCAAAACUGGAGCAAAAUUUGAAAAUUACUGCCACAUAAAAAAUUCUUUACAGGUUUACUGACAAACACAAGCCUUACUAACGGCCCUUAGGUUCUAUAGGUCUUUUAAAAUAACUGAUCAUCCAUUUUUUAGUUUUCACCUUAUAAUGUGUGGGUAUAUGUAAAGGAUGAGACUUGACAUCAUAUAAUUAAUUUAGCCAGCUGCCUUGGAUUGUCAUAGCAGAUUUUGGGAAGUGGGAAGUAUGAAACCCAUGCCCAGUGUCUUACCUGCUGUGUCAGGCUGCCAAAAUUGAUUGAAUGUUUGGAUGCAUUUUUUUCUCUCUCCUUCUCUUUUUUUUUCUUUCCCAAAAGUUUUCCUCUUUUGUAAACUUGACUCUCAGCUUGCAUUUAUGUGAAAUUUGCACUUAAACAUCCAAACCUCUGCUGUGGGUUCACAGUUCAUACAGAAAGUCUUGCUGAAAACCAUUUUGUAUAAAUAAAUAAACAGUAAUUCUUUAAAGGUCA